CUGCCCAGUAACCAAAUGUGAAAUAUACUUAGUUAUUAAAUCUUUCUGAAAAUUAACUGCCUGUUCUUUAGACCCCUGUUUUAUUUUGUAUGAAGCAUGUAAAAUAUUAUUUUCUUUCUUUUAUAGGCUUAUUUUGCUGAUGGAAAUAAGCAACAAGACCGUGAACCUGUAUUUUCAGAAGAACUGGGGCUUGCAAUAGAGAAACUGAAGGAUGGAUUCACACUGCAGGGACUUUGGGAAGUAAUGAGUUGAGCCUGAGUUGAACUGGAUUUCUAUUUAAAUAUGUCUCAAGAUUAAAAGAUACCACUUUCCUGCUCUAGGCAUGGAAUAGUUUUUAUAUUUAUAGCUUUUAUAUUUUAUAUUUUAUGAAAAGUUUUUAAUAAUUAAGGAAAAACUCCUGGAUUUUAGAAAACUGCCAGUUUUCUAAAAGAUAUAUUCAAAAUUGUAAUUGAAAUGUACCUGGAUUGUAAAUGUUUAUAUUGUACCUAAUGCUUGUAAAAUAGCAAUUUACAGAUAUUAAGUGACUAUAUCAUGUUGGAUUUAAUAAAGUUUUUUAUUUAGUACCACUUAAUGUUUUGACAGUAUUAUUUUUAAAAAAAUCAUUCUUAAGAAAUAAUCAAAUACUUCUUGACUAGAAAUCGUGUUUAUUACCACAGGACUCUAAAUAUAAAACUCUAAUACAAAUACAAUUCUGUUGGUUUGUUUGUUUUUGAGACAGGGCCUUACUAUGCAGCUCUGGCUGUUCCAGAACUCACAAAGAUCUGCCUGAAGCCUCCCAAGUCACAGUUCUUAAACACAUCAUUUUUAGGGGUUCAUUUUUGUAAAAACUAAUCUUUUUAACUAUUGUGUAUAUUUCUAAAGAAUGCUAAUCUGUAAAUAAUGGUAUGAUGGUUUCAACAAGAAGUUAUUUGGUUUGUAAGGAAAUUGUUCGUUCAUAAAUUGUUUUGUUCGUUUAUUGACCAUCUCCUUGUUUGUAUUCAAUGAGACGCCUUUGAACAUUUCUCAGAUGAUGUUUUUUGGACCUCACUGACAUCAUUCAGUUUUGGAUACGGUGACAGUCUAAAGAAAAUUUAUGGAAUCUUUUAACAAAUGAUUGUAGCUAGCCAAUAGCAGCUUUCUCACUACUGAGAAAGAAAUGAGCACAUAAAGAGUUUUAAAAUAAGAUGCAAUAAUAUAUAUAUAUAUAAAAUCAUAGACAAACAUACAUUACAACCUAGUGCUUCCCUGAUUCAUUAAAAAUUGGUGAAAAAAUGCUACAUAUGUGUUUGUUCUUCUAAAUGGAAAAUGAUUUCUACAUACUUAAAGGACCAAAGGGAGUCAUAGUAUCCAGUAUUUAGAGAUCACAAGUAAAACGCUUCCGUAAACAUCGUUCACUGCUGUCCAAGCAAACCGGACUAAAAAUGGUCCACAAGCAAGGACUCACCUCAGAUGUCAUACCCUGGUGCUUACACCUGACUCACUGAUCUUUUCAAAUGUUAGGUGUUACGCGUGGAGAGAAAUGAAUCAUUUCUUGUUUAAAGAAGAGGAGCAGCUGUUAGCUUUGUCCAGCGCGUUAAAAGCUUUAAUGACAUCUAUAAAUGGAAAGAGAACCAUUGAGCUCUCCCUUCAGCUGUCAUCCUAGCAGCUGGCAGGACCGCCAACUCACUGUGAUAUAAAAUAAAAUAAAAUAAAAUAACAUGCUCUUUAUGGAGAGACAACUUAAAGCUUGAAACUACGUAAUUCCCUGAUGUUGGAGUGUUUGCUCCUUUAGCAGAUACUCAAGGACCAUCCGUGAGGCCUAGAGACUUUAUAGACUGAACACACAGGCCUGCAGCACAAAAGCCAAGUCUUCACUGAGCUUACAGGGGGGCACAUUUAAGAACCCCAGCCAUUGAAACUUUAGCUUCUCUGUGGCUUUACUGAGUGUAGAACGUGAUCAUGAUUGUAUAAUAAAGGACUUCAUGAAGAAAUUUAUAAUAUCUCGAUAGAAAUGGGGUGGGAGAAGUGACAGGGUCUCACACAGCCCAGGCUGGCCUUGAACUCACUGUAGUUGAUAAUUUUCCUACCUCCACCUCACAGAUGCUGGUAUGACAGGUUUGUGCCACGAGGCCUGGCUGGGCUCUUUAAAUCUCCGUUCCAUAAGGUGUUCCACUCCCAUCAGCACCAUAAAGUGUGACUCCGGUAACAUGUUUUCUUAAACAAGGCCUGCUUUCUAAGUGACAUGGAUGGUGCAGUAGCUCACGGUGACUUUGUGUCUCUAGGGACAGCAUUUUUCUCAUAGGGUUGCAGCUGUUCUAUUUUUUUAACUUUUUAUUUCAUGGAAGGUUCUUUUUAGCACUUAAAAGUUACAAAAUAUUCUUAAGUGUGUGGGUCUUUUCUUUCCCAAAGGCUUAACUAUUUCUCUCUGGUCUUGAUUCCUUUCAAACUUGUCUUUAUCUUACUUUUUUGUAUUAUUGUUUAUCACUUUAUAUCCCCUGUAUGGCAAGACAGAGUGUGAAUGAAUUUGGUAAUUCAGCAGUAAUUACAGUUUUCCUACCUAAAAAAUAAAGAUAAUUUAGAAUAUUUUAGUAAAUUUUCUCUGCAUUUGUUAUUUCAGUCAUGAUGGAGGUGCCAUUUAAAAGGUUAUAUAAAACUAUUAGGUAUAUAAACAACUUUACGCUUCCUACUUGAAAAAGAUAAUCCUAUCUGCUUUGCGUAGAAACUACCAGUUUGCGCUUUAACAUUGUAAACCACUGGACUCAUAGCUUAUGAGAAUUGAAAUGAACUCACCUCAUAGUCUUGACCUUGGCAUCACUAAUUCAAGCCAAGUGGCUUGCCACUAGGCCAUUUUUAGAGGCGUGACUCAUUUUUAUGAUCCGUUUUUCUGUUAGUUCAGUAAGCAUUUUCUUGUGGAUGCCCUUUAACUUGACGUUCCAAGGCUUUCUACAUUUCAAAGUUUUCCACCUCACCUGAAUGUCUUGUUUCUUAGCGGUUUCCUUGGUGACCAGAAGUUCCAGUUGUUACUUUCAAUCUCAGACAGCUGAACAACUCUCCGUUCCAAGCCAGCUCUCUUAAAUUCUCGUCGUUAGAGCUGGUGUCUAUAUUUAGCCGGUGGGAUUAAAUUGCAAAGGCUCCAGGCUGCGCGGAGUAGACUGAUCUGUCUUUUUACAGCUAGACCCGUGUGCAGCAAGGAGCGAAGACCCUCAGUGUCCCCUUCCUUACCCAGGUUCCUCACAGAAUGGAUUCCCAGCGGGAGCUUGCAGAGGAACUCCGGCUUUACCAGUCCACCCUUCUUCAGGAUGGUCUAAAAGAUCUCCUGGAAGAGAAAAAAUUCAUCGAUUGCACCCUCAAAGCAGGCGACAGAAGUCUUCCUUGCCACAGACUGAUAUUGUCGGCUUGCAGUCCUUACUUCCGCGAGUAUUUCUUAUCUGAGAUUGAGGAGGAGAAAAAAAAGGAGGUCACGCUAGAUAACGUGGAUCCUGCUAUCCUUGAUUUGAUCAUCAAAUACCUGUACUCUGCCAGUAUCGAUCUCAAUGACGCAAACGUGCAAGACAUCUUCGCCCUGUCCAGCCGCUUCCAGAUCCCCUCAGUCUUCACCGUCUGUGUGUCUUACCUUCAGAAACGGCUGGCUCCCGGUAACUGUCUGGCCAUCCUAAGAUUGGGUCUUCUCCUUGACUGCCCAAGACUCGCCAUUUCUGCCCGGGACUUUGUCUCAGAUCGCUUUGUGCAGAUUUGUAAGGAAGAAGACUUCAUGCAGCUGUCUCCGCAGGAGCUGAUCUCGGUCAUUUCAAAUCAUGGUCUCAACGUAGAAAAGGAGGAAGUGGUGUUUGAGGCCGUGAUGAAAUGGGUGCGGACAGACAAAGAAAACAGGGCGAAAAGCCUUAGCGAGGUGUUUGAUUGUAUUCGUUUCCGCCUCAUGGCAGAAAAAUACUUCAAAGAUCACGUCGAGAAAGAUGACAUAAUUAAAAGCAACCCCGAAAUCCAGAAGAAAAUCAAGGUUCUAAAAGAUGCUUUUGCAGGCAAACUCCCGGAACCUAGCAAAAACGCAGAGAAGGCAGGGGGCGGCGAGGUGAACGGUGAUGUCGGGGAUGAAGACUUACUUCCUGGUUACCUCAAUGAUAUUCCCAGACAUGGGAUGUUCGUUAAAGAUCUCAUCCUCUUGGUCAAUGACACAGCUGCAGUGGCUUACGACCCCUUGGAAAACGAGUGUUACCUUACCGCCUUAGCAGAGCAGAUCCCCAGAAACCAUUCCAGUAUCGUUACCCAACAGAAUCAGAUCUACGUGGUCGGAGGGCUGUACGUGGAUGAAGAAAACAAGGAUCAGCCCCUACAGUCGUACUUCUUCCAGCUUGAUAGCAUAACAUCUGAGUGGGUCGGACUUCCUCCUCUACCAUCAGCCAGGUGUCUCUUUGGUUUGGGAGAGGUGGACGACAAAAUCUACGUGGUUGCUGGCAAAGACCUCCAAACAGAAGCUUCGUUAGACUCCGUCCUAUGCUAUGAUCCUGCGGCUGCAAAAUGGAGUGAAGUGAAAAAUCUUCCUAUUAAAGUUUAUGGCCAUAAUGUGAUUUCCCAUAACGGGAUGAUCUACUGUCUAGGCGGAAAGACAGACGACAAAAAGUGUACAAAUAGAAUGUUUAUCUACAACCCCAAAAAGGGAGACUGGAAAGAUCUGGCUCCGAUGAAGACCCCUCGUUCCAUGUUUGGAGUGGCAAUCCAUAAAGGCAAAAUUGUAAUCGCAGGGGGUGUCACCGAGGACGGUCUCUCUGCUUCAGUUGAAGCUUUCGACCUCAAGACCAACAAAUGGGAAGUGAUGACGGAAUUUCCCCAAGAAAGAAGCUCCAUCAGUCUGGUCAGCCUGGCCGGAUCCCUGUAUGCCAUCGGCGGUUUUGCAAUGAUCCAACUGGAAUCGAAAGAGUUUGCACCCACUGAAGUCAACGACAUAUGGAAGUAUGAAGAUGAUAAAAAAGAAUGGGCUGGGAUGUUGAAGGAAAUACGUUAUGCUUCGGGAGCUAGUUGCCUAGCAACACGCUUAAAUCUGUUCAAACUGUCUAAACUAUAAACAAGGUGACAACAAUAACCGUUUGAG